UCUCUCUCCAGUGGUCUCAUUCUCUGAUUUUGUCUCAGCGACUGCACUCAAGGCUGUUGGCUUCUAACACAAACAGAUGAUUGCCAAAACUCCUCUCUUUUAAUAAUAUACUGGUUGGUUUUGUUCAACCUUGUAUCUAUCUUCAGUCUUCACCAAAGACAUCGAUUCUUUUUUGUACUUACUGUAUAUGUCUUUUAAUGCAUUAGUUGAUAUACUCACAAUUUCGUACGACAAAUUGUUGGAAGGAAGACGAGAGUACAAGCGCAAAAGCUUCUCCCUUGCUCGAUGACUGUGUAAACUGUAAUGCAUGUUUAGAUCAUCAACCCCAAUCCCUCAAAAUCAAACUUUAUGCGGAAUAAGCUUCUCAAUCGGAAUACCAUCUCAACGGUUUGGCAUAACCGGAGGUCAAAAAUCCGUCCACCGCCGCCUGCUUCCGCCAAGGCAGUGCUUCGAGUAUCAAAUAACAUAGCUCAUUUGGGGGCGCCAAAAGAGGGCCCAAAACCUAGGCAGCUGCUAUCUUUGCCGCCAUUCCCCGGCAACCCUUUGCCCGGAAGGAAUUCAACCUCUGUCGAACAUGUGACUGCCAUUAGCUGGCUCAAAUAUUACUUUGAUGACGUCAUUCCUCCAGUAAUUCAGCAUCAUUUCAAUAAAGGCCUUGUUCGGAUGGAAUGUCUUAAUUCAAGUGGCCUGUCUGAAAGCUACAGAGGACAAACAAUGUCCACAAGAAAGAUCAAACCUAGCGAAAUCGUGGAGGAGGGAGACAGGGUUUACGUUCCGGUAUCUGUUGCUGAAAAUAAAGUCUCAAAGAGAUUUGAUGUUAUUCCGAGUGGGACGUUGCACCCAAAUGCUGACGAAAUUAUGUACUUACAGAGACUCGUGAAGUACAAGGACUCGGCUAUUCUAGUGUUAAAUAAGCCUCCUAAACUUCCAGUAAAGGGGAACCUGCCGGUUCACAACAGCAUGGAUGCCUUAGCAGCUGCAGCAUUAUCGUAUGAUUAUGAUGAAGGCCCAAAGUUGGUGCAUCGUCUUGACAGAGAGAGUAGUGGUCUCCUCUUAAUGGGGAGAACGAAAGAAAGCAUUUCCUAUCUUCAUUGGUUGUUCAGUGACGUAAGGAAGGCUGCAUCCUUCUCUAAGGAAUGGAGUGAUGCUUGCGAUGCAAUGUAUCAGAGGUAUUGGGCGUUGGUCAUAGGCGUGCCCAACCAGAAAGAAGGCGUAAUUUGCGCCCCACUCACAAAGGUGCUUCUUAAUGAUGGAAAAACGGAGAUGGUUAUUCUAUCUCAUAAUUCAGGCUUAGAAGCUUCCCAAGAGGCAAUUACUCGAUAUCGUGUGCUUGGCCCGAUGAUCAAUGGUUGCUCAUGGAUUGAAUUGCAUCCUCUUACAAGGCGUAAACAUCAGCUUCGAGUUCAUUGUGCAGAAGCUCUAGGUACUCCGAUAGUAGGCGACUACAAAUACGGGUGGUUUGUCCACAGCAAAUGGAAGCAAAUGCCUAGACUCGAUUUUGAGCCAACAACCGGGGAACCUUAUAAAAUGCGGAGGCCAGAGGGCUUGGACGUACAGAAAGGCAGUGUCUUAUCAAAAGUUCCACUUUUGCAUUUGCAUAGCAGAGAAAUGGUAUUGCCGAAUAUCGAGAAGUUUAUCGAGCUCCAUAAGCACAUGUCAGGAAACUACAAUGUGGAUCCUGAGCUUUGUGCGAAACCAGAUAUCCUCCGUUUUGUGGUGCCGAUGCCUAAACACAUGAAAAUUAGUUGGAAUCUCAUGUCUUCUUACCUUGUAUAAAAGAAUGGUCAUCGAGACUUGGAUUUCUGAAAGAAUAGGUCAAUUUUUAUUUUGUUUUUGCUUUGUUUUGUUUUCCUUGUAACUUUAAUUUGAAUAAUCAGCUUCUUUGCAUUUGCAGUUUAUUUAAUUAUGAAAUUGAUGAAUUGUAUAUGUAAUCAUAUGGAGACCAGCUUUUUCAAUCAUAUUGAUACAGAUGCAUAUUGGGGAUUCAA